AUAUUUGUCUAUGGCAGGCUCCUCUCCGCUGCUGACAUCGGUGCAGCCUGGGAUUGGUCCAGGUUUAGAUAGAACCAUCGCAGCAGUAGCAGCCCCUGGGGAAAAGUGGCUUCGAACCCAGUUUGGAGUGUUGUAAUACUUGGUCUCCGUUGUGUCGCCGUCCCCUGACGUGAGUUCUGGGGCUGUUUUGUUGGGUCUUAUUUAUUUAUUUAUUUAUUUUACAUACCGAGGGAAAGGGUGGCGAAUCUGGGUGGUUUGAUGGUGUCUGCAAGGUUGGAACACAUGCAAGUCCACUUGUGCUGUUCACUCCACUUGGGCUCGGCUAGUUGCCCCCCUGGUGCCCCACUCUCCUUGUGGAGUGGUGGAGGAGAUUCAUAUUUUUUGCUGUUGACUGGGGGUGUGUGGUGAGGGGAAUAAGUUUUGUUUUGGUUUUUUUGCUUAAGGCAUUCCGGCAACACGUUGGGCACUAGUGAGUUCAUUUUUCUUGGACAUUGUGUUGUGAGUGUGAGGAUUUCGUGCUUUGACAGGUGGGGUGGACAAGAGAUAAGAGAGUGUGUGUCUGGUUUGGGCGGGGUUUGUGCUUUUGAAAUUUUAGAUUUUAGAUUUAUUAUUAUUAUUUUUUUUGGAGGGUGGGGAGUAGAGAGACAUUUUUAAGUCCAGGAUUGUGCCUUGUUGUUUUGGUUUGAGUUGCAGAGGCGGCGGAUUUUGAGGAGUAGAGAGAGAGUAUCACACAAGAGUUGUAGUGCUUUUUGUGUUUGUUUGUUUGUUUAGCAUCAUGGGUAUGAAGGCGGUGACCUCCGUGUCGGAGUCUCCGAGGCCGGUGGUUAUAUGUGGGCCUUCAGGAGUUGGCAAGGGCACUCUCAUUGGGAGGUUGAUGAAAGACUUCCCGGACAAGUUCGGCUUCUCCGUGAGCCACACCACUCGUGCGCCCCGAGCAAAGGAGAUUGAUGGGGUGCAUUAUCAUUUCACCACCCGUCCUGUGAUGGAGCAAGAAAUCAAGGAAGGCAAAUUUCUGGAGUCUGCGGAGGUCCAUGGCAACUUGUAUGGAACAAGCUGGGCUGCUGUUGAGGCUGUCGCUGACGCUGGCAAGAUCUGUAUAUUGGAUAUUGAUGUUCAAGGUGCUCAGGCAGUGCGGAACAGUGGCCUGAAAGCCACAUAUAUUUUUAUCAAGCCUCCAGCCCCUGAGGAAGAAGAGCUUGAAAAACGGCUUCGAGGAAGAGACACGGAGACAGAAGAACAAAUACAGAAGCGACUUAAAAACGCUAAGAAGGAGCUUGAGCGUGCCAAAGACCCCACUCUAUUUGAUUACAUUCUUGUGAAUGCCGAGCUGGAUCAGGCGUACGAAGAACUGAAGGCCUUGCUAGGUCUCGGCAGUUCGAUUACAUCUACCCACUGCCAUGGCACUACGGAAUAUCUGCUAAAUGGAUCUAAGGCUUCAUUGUCAAAUGGUUGUCAAUUGCCAUCAAAGAACGGGACAUCUAUGAUCAAUCAUGAAUCGAUUGUAGAUCAUUCCAAAUGUGGGAACGGAACUUCUGGAACCUCGAGAAUGAAUGUAUUGUUCCGUAACGGCUCAGCACAUCAUCCAAAAUCCAACGGUGUGUUAAAACAUUCGAAGUCUUUGUCUGCCAAUUGCAGCCAUUCAUUGCCCAUGUUGGCCACACCAGACCUUUUGGUUAACAUGCACUCAGCAACAGGGUCCCCAAGAGUCAAAGAGAUAUCAGCAUCAUAACCCUCGUAGUGAAGCCCUUGGGUUGUUGCAAUAGAACAUGUCCGGGUACUGUGUACCCUUUUCAUUGACGCUCUCUUUUUAGCAGAGUCAAUUCUUUCCAGAAGUGGGUUCAAAUGUAAUAUCAACUCGCUUCUGCCCUUUUAGAUUAAGAGAAUCAAGGACCUGAGAUCUAGUAUAUUGCACUAGAUUUAGGCCAGUCACGUGUAACCGAAACCCUGUCUCCUUCGCAUCUCCAUCGAGUCUAAAAGUAAAAUACGAACUGGUCAGAAAUACAUCCUCUAAAGUUAAUUUUUUUAGACUUGCAUCCAAAGCAUUUUGGCCCACAAGGGGGACGUAGCAAUUGUGGCGAGUGAAAUUCUUUGAUUUUUGUAAGGUAUAGAAGACAUUUUAACAUGUCGGUCAUUUUUUAAUUGAAUCUCAGUCUGAUAUACAUUGAGGCUGCUUUCAACUUGGUUUA